AAGGCAGCCAAGGCCCUUCUUAGUGUUGACCGGUUUGACACGGAGCGACUGGGCUCUGACAACACCUACCUUGACCAAUCAGAUGAUGAAGAUGAUGACUACUUUGAGGAGAUCACCGGGAUUGGACGGGGCAGAGCAGAGAGAGACUCACCAGUGCCAAACCGCAAGGUUGCGCGCUUUGACGAAGAAGAUGACAGCGACACGGAGGGCCCGGAGCAGGAGUUGAAGGAGACGAAGAAGAAACAAGUCCGCAAGUACAUCCAGCAGCAGGAGAAAGUCAAGGAGGAGAAGCCAAAGCCCACCCCACGUGCCUACCCCAUCCCGCAAGCCUGA